UUGUGCAAUUGAUCAUCGAUACGAUCAUUGUAAUGGGAUGAAGUAGAGUUCAGAAAUAGAACCCAUACACGUGGGUCAGCUGCAUGCUUCCCAUGGCCUUGGCGCGCGAUAUAAAGCGUCCUAUUCGGAACGGCUAUACACACACCACGUACAUAAAGUCUGAAUAGACCUGGCGACAAUGAUGUGGAAGCUCUUCAUUUUUGUCGCUGUGCUCAGCACAUGGCCGACAUCCUCACAAGGCGAAAAAGAGUAUCUCGACUCUGUCGACGGUUGGGACUUUUUUAAGGUUCCUGCAACAGGGCCGAUGACCAAUGCCAAUGUCAAGGCCACGUGUGAGUCCGAGGGGUUGUGGCACCCGUGCUACUACACCGGCCAGGGGACGUGUAACGGCGUGUGGGCAUCUGAAUGCAUCAAAUAUGACGGCUCUACUAGCGGCAGCUGUCGUACCUUGAGCGUUCUCUCCAACGUGCUGUGUGGGACUGCUGAUCCGCACCUGUGUAAGGAUCUUGAUGACACCUUUGUGUACCAGCCCGGCUCACAAAGCGCGUACGGGGUUGACUACGACACGGGCCACUGGGGCAUGGAAGGCGCCAACCACACCGACAAGUACGCUCUGUGUGCGGGCCAGCACGAGUACGUGACUUCCUGGGACGGGCUGACCUUUUACAAAGUUCGUGUGAACGGGGCGAUGACCAAUGCCAACGUGAAGACCACUUGCGAACUGGCGGGGAUGGGCCACACCUGCUGGUACACAGGUCUGGGUACAUGUACGAGUUCGUCUUACUGGUCAUCCGACUGUGUCAGCUUCAGUCAGCCUGGCACCAGCUGUCAAUGGACUCUGAGCUUUUUCUCCUUUCAACUGUGCGGCACCACAACCGCGUACCGCUGUGAUGCUCUCAUCAACACGUAUGUGAAAUAUCCCAUCGGUUCAUAUGAUAGCGCCUACGGCGUGGUAGCGAACAACUACGAUCCUGCUGGAUACCAUGUAAAUGACCAGUACGCAUUGUGUGCAGCCCGGCAGUGCGAGAUCUCCCCAUGUGUCCAUGGUACCUGUGAGCACGGAGUGAAGAACUACACCUGUCUGUGUGACGCUGGUUGGAGUGGAGUUCACUGUGAUACAUUGAUUGACAGCUGUGACAGUAAUCCCUGCCUGUCCGGAGGAACCUGUGUGGAUGAGGAGGACGGUUACAGCUGCACCUGUCCUCCACAAACAACGGGAAACAACUGUGAAACAGUGCAUUAUACCGACAAAUGCUACUGGAUCUCUGACGACCGACUGCCUAACGAGGAAGCCUCCAUGGCGUGUGGGAACAUGGAGGGUAAUCUGGCAAAAGUCAACGAACCUGCCGACCAUCAAGUGCUCGCUAGCUACCUGGACGACGGGCGGAACGUUUCAUUUUGGACGUCAAACAAAAUUUCACCGAUGUCGAUGUGCGCAUGUAGCGAUGGCUCACCUCUCUCCGCUAUUGGUGCGUCAUCCUGGAUGUAUUCAGCUGCAAGCUUGGACAUGUGCGUGUUACUCGACAGUGACCUGGGCUACACGGGAACCUACCAGCCAUGUGCGGAGGAACACAACUACGUCUGUCAGUCAGAGGCUUUGACAUGCAACAUAAACGAGUGUCAGAACGGGGGGAACUGCUCCUCUUGUUUUGGUGAUACCACUGUCUUCUGCGACUGUCCUCAAGGAUUCACUGGUACCUUCUGUGAGAUGACCGACUGGUGCGAUCCUAACCCCUGCCCACUUGACUGGAAAUGCGUGAGCGAAGAUGGUGGGAUCCACUGUGCUGUACCAACGGAAAUGAGAGCAGUUCGUUCCAGUUUCUGCACCGCGUCCUCAUGCGGCCCCGGCUGGACAUGUGAAGAGGAAGGCUCUGCUGGCUACUCCUGCACCCGUGGCUAAUAUUCAGUCAAAACUCACACCAUUAUAUUCUCCUCCUUGCAGUAUCUACAGAAUUAUCUAUUAUAUCAGAUUUGCUAGAGAAGAAAUAAAACAAGU